GAAACAUCAAAGGAAAAACAAAGUGCUGAAAACAAAGGGGCACAACAUAAUGGCUCUUGUGACCCCCGUCCAAAUUUCAACAAAUUCCGACCGUUUCCAACAACUUAAGAUCUUCGACGAAUCCAAGGCCGGCGUCAAAGGCCUCCUUGACUCCGGCAUCACCCACGUGCCGCCAAUUUUCCUCCGCCCUCCGGAGGACCUCGCCGUCGACGCCCCACUUUCCGGCGACACCCACUUCACGGUUCCUGUCAUCGAACUCGCCGGAGAGCACGCCGCCGUCGUGGCGGGAGUGCGGCGGGCGGCGGAAACGGUGGGGCUCUUUCAGGUGGUGAAUCACGGGGUGGCCGCGAAGGUGGUGGAAGAGAUGGUGGCGGCGGCGCGUGGGUUCCACGAGGCGGCGCAGGAGGUGAAGAGGGUGUACUAUACGAGGGAGAAGGAGAAGAAGGUGAAGUAUGGAAGCAACUUUGAUUUGUAUCGGUCGAAAUUUGCAAGCUGGAGGGACACUCUCUUUUGCGCCAUGGCUCCUCCACCUCUUCAUCCACCAGAUUUGCCUUUGCUUUGUAGUGCACAAAUUUACAGGGAUAUAACAAUGGAGUACUCAAGGCAGGUUCAGGCAUUGGGGAGCCUUUUAUUUGCAUUACUAUCAGAAGCACUUGGACUCAAGUCUGACUACCUUGAAAGUAUGGAUUGUGCAAAAGGGCACUCGAUUCUUAUGCACUAUUACCCACCAUGUCCUCAGCCUCAUCUUACUUUGGGCACAAACAGACACUCAGAUCCAGGUUUCCUCACAAUUUUGCUACAAGACCACAUUGGUGGCCUUCAAGUUUUGUACCAAAAUGAAUGGAUUGAUGUUCCCCCUAUUCCUGGAGCUCUAGUAGUAAAUAUUGGAGAUAUGCUACAACUUUUAUCCAAUGGCCAAUUUAAGAGCGUGGAGCAUCGUGUUGUGGCAAGCCAUAAAGGACCUAGGGUAUCAGUUGCAUGUUUUUUCACUCUUGAUAACUACCCCUCUGCUAGAAUGUAUGGCCCCAUCAAGGAACUACUAUCAGAAGACAAUCCCCCAGUGUACAGGGAUACAUCAUUGCAAGAUUUCAAUGCUCACUAUUAUAGUAAAGGACUUGAUGGGAAUUCUGCUCUUAAGCAUUUUAUGUUACAGCAAUAAAAAUGCAGGUGUAAAUCUUAUUAUUUGUUGGUCUUCCAUAGGGUAAAGUGGAAGAAUCACAGCAUAGCUUAGUACUAGGCUACAAACAUAAAGGUUGUUGACAAUAAUAUUGAUUUUGACAAUUGGACAAA